AGAGAGAGACAGAGAGAGAGAGAGAGAGAGAGAGAGAGAGAGAGAGACAGAGACAGAGAGAGAGAGCGAGCUGCACUGCACACGCACGGACCUGGACGGGGCGAGGCGGCGUUCCCCACCAGCGUGGCCCUCAUCCAUCAGCGCGAUGGGAAUCACCAACACGGCGUUCCUUCCGACCCAAGCCCUGAUCCCGUACUACCUGAAACCGGUCCACCUCGAGACACGGACUAUAAAGCACUGCAGCUGAGACUGUCACCGCAGCGGAGCUCCUCUCCUCCAGCAAGCCGAGGAGGAUGAUGAUGAUGAUGAUGAUGAUGAUGAGGAGGAGGAGGAGGAACAUCUAGGGAUGAGAAGGGUUUCUCCAGCAGACAACUUGGACCAGACCGUUUGCUCCAGCCUCGUCUGUGUGUAGUCCGGCAGGACGAUGUCUGCCCUGUGUGCGUCCGCAGUGCUCUUAUGUACAGUGAUCUCAGCUCGGGUUUUGACCACAACCAGCCCAGCUGACCAGUCCAUCCUCUCCCCCCGCCACUAUCAGCACACCGACCCCGACUCGGGCACCCAGCUGGUCUGUGACAAGUGCCCGGCAGGCACCCACGUGUCCGUCCACUGCACCCGGACGACCGUGAGGGAGUGCAGCCGCUGCCCUGAAGGCACCUUCACACGGGGCGAGAACGGGAUGCAGAAAUGCCAUCCCUGUCGAACUCCAUGUCCUGCAGGCUUCGUCGAGAAAGCCGUCUGCACGCCCAUCCAGGACCGGGUCUGCACAUGUCCCCCCAACAGCUAUUUGUCGGCGGAUGGCGGCGCAGAGUGUAAGCCGCACUCGCUGUGCCCGCCAGGCACCAGGGUGAAAAGGAGGGGAAGUGAAACAGAGGACGUGCUCUGUAAGCCGUGCACCAAGGGGACCUUCUCAGACGUGGAGUCGAGUCUGGUGAAGUGCCCGACCCACAGGGACUGCCAAGCUCAGGGGCUGGUGCUGCUCACACUUGGAACUAAAGAGACAAAUAAUAUAUGUGGAGCCCCUUCUGCAGACCCCUCUUCCUCUUCAUCUUCGCCUGCCUCCACAACCACCCCACUGGGGCCGGCACAGGCUGUUCUUGUACAGAGACCCAUGACUACUUCAUCCACUCCAUCAUCAUCCCUGACUGGACCUGCAUAUAAAGGCACCUACAGCCAGUCAGCAGCCAUUCAACUGAGGGGAAACUCGGGUGGGAAAGACCACCACACAGAGGGGCUUCUCCUUAGCUGGUCUGGCAAUCCCACCCCACCAAACCGCGAUCCACCGUGGAUUUCACAGCUCCCAACUCUCAAGCAACUCAUAGACCUUGUGCAACCACGCGGGCAACCCAAUCCUGACCCUGUGUCAGACCCUAACAAGAGGGCAGUGGAGGCUCUGGAGAGUAUAGAGGUAGUCAGGGUUGGUGUUAGCAAAGUAGCCGGGCAGGGGAGUGGAGGUGGUGGAAGUGGGGUCUCCAGCUACUACAAGCCCACUCGCAGGGGGUCCCCAAGGCCGAGCACCCACGAUCACUUUGACAUCAACGAGCACCUCCCCUGGAUGAUAGUGCUGCUGCUCCUGCUGGUGCUGGUGGUGAUUGUGAUCUGCAGCGUGAAGCGGAGCUCUCGCGUGCUGAAGAAGGGCCCCAUGCAGGACCCGAGCAGCAUCAUUGAGAAGGCAAUUCAGAAGAAAGCAACUGCGCCUCUAACGCAGGUCAAAGAGAAGUGGAUCUACUACUCCAACGGACAGGCACAUGGCGUGGAGAGCGGUGGUUACACAAGCAAGGACGUGACCCUGUUGCAGUACCACCCUGCUGUCACUACCAUCCAACCCCAACGCACACACUCAGGUGUCGAUAUCCUGAAGCUGGUGGCGGCCCAGGUGGGCACCCAGUGGAUAGACAUCUAUCAGUCGCUGGCCAACGCCACGGAGCGGGAGGUGGCUGCCUUCUCAAACGGCUACUCGUCAGAUCACGAGCGGGCGUACGCCGCGCUGCAGCACUGGACCAUCCGGGACGGCGACGCCAACCUGGCCAAGCUGAUCAAUGCCCUGCACAGACAGCGCCGCAUCGACGUGGUGGAGAAGAUCCGCUGCGUCAUGGAGGACAACCCACAGUUUGACAUCAACCAGCUGAUGACCACAGUGAAUGUAAGCCAAAGCAUCAGUCCCACCCACAAGCCGCUGGAGUCGCCUAGCAGCGUCGGCGGCGGUAGCGUGGGCGGAGCCAGCGGCUUGGGCGUGGAGCCGUCGCCAGUGGACCGCACCAAGGGCUUCUUCCCCGACGAAUCGGAGCCCCUGCUUCGCUGUGACUCCACCUCCAGCAAAGAUUCCGCCCUCAGCAGGAACGGCUCCUUCAUUACCAAAGAGAAGAAAGACACCGUGCUCCGACAGGUGCGUCUGGACCCGUGCGACCUGCAGCCCAUCUUCGACGACAUGCUGCACAUCCUGAACCCGCAGGAGCUGCACGUCAUCGAGGAGAUCCCGACCGCCGAGGACCGGCUGGACCAGCUGUUUGAGAUCGCGGGGGUCAAGAGUCAGGAGGCCAGCCAGACACUGCUGGACUCGGUCUACAGCCACCUGCCUGACCUGCUGUAGUGCAUGGAAGGAGGGAGAAACCCCGUGGAUGAGAUCCGGCACAGGAGUGAAACAAGGCGUGUCUCUGUGGGAGGGACGACUCAGAUCGGAGUCUGACGUUUCACAUUGUCACAUGAUUUGAUCUAGGCGUUGUAGAUGAGGUGGUGAUCAAUUCCCCUCAAGGAUUCUUUCAAAUCUUUACUGGUACUUUACCCUCCUCUUCAGUUGUCUUGUGUGUACAUGCUAUUCCUUCAAAACACCUCCAUCCUCUCCCAAGAUACAGGGUCAACGCUCAAUGUGAUUAAAUCACGCACACCGAGUGUCACACCAGGAAGUACUUAUGUGUACUACGUGUACAACCUGGUUUAAGGUGGGUUGAGAGUAUUAGUAGGAGAGAACAAUGAGGCUUAAAAGCUAUCAAACUUAGUUUCUAUAUCUCAACUGGCCAAUGCCUUCACCGUUAAAGGGUUAAACCGGUGUUUUUUGUUGGCCGUGCCAAUCGUCCUAGCUUCCCCUGCCUUUAACAUGAUUUCAGUGUUCGAAACAAAAGGUAUUCAACAUGGUGGGUAUUGCUAAAUGAUUGCAAGAAAGGAAACUACACACAAACAAUAGUAAAUAAGCUAUAACUCUAAAUGACAUUGAUAUUAUCUUUAGGGUUUUAAAGGGUUUAGGAGUCUUGUAAACCACAUUCACAGAUAUUUUUCCCAGGUAUGAUUUGGAGGAGCUGGUUCCUUUUCUCAGCCCCUCAUUUGUUUCCCUACUCCGUCUAGUUGCCUGUACCUGUAGCAAGAUCCUCUGCGGGUCAUUUUAGCUGGUAACCUACCAGACCAGCAGGGGGCAGUGUAGAUUGGAGGGCUGACCUGCUGCUCUGGAACCAAAGCCAUAUCUCAAACAAAUACUGGAUUAAACGUCAAAGUAAUCCAAUAUUAGUGGAGUAAUAUUCACCUAAUCUAUUAUUAUGAUUUAUGGCUUUGCCUUUGAACGUUAUGCUUUUGGACAAAAGGGUCUCAAACUAUCAAUGAACUGAACAUGAGGGGAGCAGUAUUUACCGCCACUGCCUUUGCUUCUCUGGAACCAAAGUCGUGUAUCUAAAAACGGUUUAGAUACGUUGCUUUGGAAGCUCUGUCGCUGUUGGACUCAAGGACAGUAUAGAAUAAAUAUUCUACCAAUACGCACAUCCAGAUCUCUGCUAGCUAGCCCCGUUUGCCUCAACUAAUGUAGUGUUGAUAAAGGGUUUCGGAGCUUCAUGUAUGGCUGUCUGAGUGUUUCAGUGCUCUAGUAAAAACAAUAGAACACACGUGAUUUCUUUCUUCAUGCGGCGAUAUGUUGCUACAUGCUCUAGGUAGUGGGUAUUAAAAUAUAACAGUGAUGCACUAAUUAUAUUUGCUAGAGGAGAGAGGCUGACUGUAUUUUUCUGUGUCCUUCAGAAUAAUAAUAAUAAUUCUGAAAAGCCUAACAUUUUAAUUUUGUUGUCAUUUUUCUACACUUAGUUUGAUUAUGUUAUUGUAGCGCCUAUUUGUUAUAAUUUUGACUUCAUUAUGUCUAGUGUUUUCACUCGCAUUCAGAUGUAUUCCCCCCCCCCCACACCGCUUGGCUUGAUGAUGAUGACCUGGCUGGGGUGUAAGUUAUGCAUUACUCCAUACUUGAAGUCUACUUACUUACUUGAUUUAAAUGAGGUAGAAAUAAUGUGCUCUUUCAGUUCCUUCCAAAAAAACAACUCAUCGUCUUUCGGAGAGAACUUUACAGGCGCCAUGAGAACAACGAUGGACUCACCAAGCCAGUUACUAUCAAAGCUCCCGGGGUGCUAGAUGUGAACUCUCACCGGUUAGCCUGACGGAGGGGGUCCUAACCCCGGACUAAUGACUGUUUCAAGUAUUCCACACAGAGUGAAGGAGAAUGAAGGUUGUGUUGCUGAGGAUUGUGGGAUGUUGACGAUGAUGAUCAGAAUGCGUGAGCUUGCUCUGCAAGGGGCUGUAGAGACUCAAACUGCAGGGUGUGAGCUUUUCUUCUUCUUUUACUUUCUUAUCUUCUAAGGAAGUCUGACAGGAUGGUGAGGUGUGAAACGCACAUGUAGCACGAGUGGAUGAUUUCAUUAACGUGUGUAACCAGUAUGUUUACUACUCUGUAACCUCUUAAAUUCAACCAAUUAAAGCUCAGAGCAUUUGUCAUAAC